CUGAUGGUCACUUUUCAAGAGAUUUACUACAAACAUGGCAUGGUUAAGCUAUAUUUUUUGGUACUGCUACUUAUAAUAUUACUAUAAAUUGUUAUUUGCUGAUUUAUACUGUAAUUGAUCAUUUAUUUGUUUUAGUAGUUUAUUUGAAUUGUUUUAUGAUCUUGAUCUAUUUAACUUCUCAAAAGGACGAAACUGAAACAUUGUUAGACAAAUAUAUUGUACAUUUGUCAUGAAAAGUAAAAAUCCCUCUGUCAUAAAGCUACGAUCUUUAACAACAAAGAAGUUGCGAAUUUGGGACCUUGCGGACACCGUAGUGAGUGGUGACGUCAUUUGAUUGAAAGCAACUCCUACCAAUGGAAAGUCUAAAACGCUGAAGAUUAUUUCGAGAGGUAAUUCAAGGUAGGUUGAAAAGUAGUUUAUGUGGUUACUAGGCAGCGAUAACGGCGCUAGGGUGCCCACACGUUACAUAUUUAGAGAAAAAUGUAUGGGGCAGUUACAACCUGGCAACAUGAGCACAAACUCACUAGUACUAGUUUAGUUUAGAUCAAAUCUGCAGUGGUCCUGCUCGACUGAUAUUGGUGAAGAUAAGUAGCGUCAUCAUCGCCAUCCUGGCUACCUCAAGUGACAUCCGAGAAAAGCUGCGAAAGAAAACUCGCGCUUUGCACGAAACUUUGGUUAAAAACAAGAAUGAGGACGACAUUCAGGCUCUGGUUUCGUCUCCAAAGUUGAUCGGGGAGAAACGACAAACUAAGAUGAAGGAAUGCCAAAACAGUGAGGAAGAUCCAGGAGAGACACUGAAACGCACGUUAAAGGCCCAGAGACAGAAGCGAAAGAAAAGGCUGCUUGAACAGUCUUCAGCCCAGGAGUCCCGGGAUGAUGAUGUCGAUGAUGUGGGAGAGCCAUCCAUCCUUCAGGCUUCAAACAACAGAGGCAGCGGAUCAGCUGAGAAGACAGAUGAACCCGUGGUUGUGACUAGACCUCCAACUGGUUCUCAGAGAGGGUCAAGAAUUCAAAAAACCUCUGGCUCUCAAAACUUAGAAGAUAGUCUGACACAGCAUGUGGAAGAGAAGCUGGGAGUAGCCAAGUCAAGAGGUAAGCGCUCUCACCAGGAGGAGACCUCACCUGAGCCAGUCAGCCUUCGACAGAGCCUAGGAGACACAGAGACAGACACAAUGACACAAUUUGACAGAGAGGUUGAUCCAGACAGAGUCGGAAGAAGUGAUAACCUCAGCACCAGGGUCAAAUUCCGGGAAGCACCAAGAACAUUACCUACAGAAAGGGGGCUACCAACAGCUGAAGAGGCAUAUAAUUUCUUUACAUUCAACUUUGAACCAGAUACACAAAAUGAUAUUGAGAGGAAUAACAGAGAACAACAAAAACACAGAAAAACAUCUCAGAAGGACAGAGAUGAAGAAGGGGAGGAUGAAGCUGAGGAGCAGGAGGAAGGUGGAAAUGAAGACCAAAGUGAAGCAGCCCCUCUUGUGCAAGAUGAAGAGGAUAAUUUGUUCAGCAUGGACCUAACUUCCCAGGACUUUCUAGAAGUGAAGAAGGCGGAGUAUAUUGGAUAUCGAAAUCUUAUACAGCAAGAAAGUGAGAUUCUCUUUACUCCAAGUUUUCAAACAGUUCCAACCUCCGUUAAAUUGCCUGAAAACACGCAGCCUCGUUAUCUGGAGGAUGAGGGUCUGUAUGUAGGGGAGAGGCCCUCCGUAUCCUUGACCAAUGAAAAUAUUCUGGAGAACCGUAUUUUAAGAAUGGAGGAGGGAAAGAAAUGGUUUGGUGACGAUGGCAGGAUCAUUGCACUGCCUGACCCUAUAAAGGAAUCCUCCACUAGACCCCCUCUAUUCCACAUGGAGGAAGACCUGGACCCUGCACUACAAACCCUGUACAGGAAGGCACUAAAGUCCAAGUAUGCAAAUUUGUCCUUUUCUGGUGCAGCAGACCCAGAGGGAGACUAUCAGCUUGAUGUUGAUGUGUCUGGGCUGAUCUUCUCCCAUCAUCCACUAUUCAGUCGUGAACAUGUCCUGGGGGCCCGUUUAGCUCAGCUAUAUGAUCAGUACCUCACCAGACAGCGCAUUAACCUCACAGGCCACCUCACUGACAAGUUGAACGGAUUGAGGCGUGCACUUCGAAACAUGCUUGAAAUCCACGGUGGGCAAAGCCUCACACAGGUCAUGCAGCAGAGGAUAUCAGAGUACAGUGUGGAGGUUCGAAACACUCGGAAGCUCAGGGACAGUGAGCAGGAGAAAGACAGGACUUUGCUGAAGAACAUAGUUAAAGUGUGGAAAGAGAUCAAGGUUCUGAGAGAAUUCCAGAAGUUCACCAACACAUCGUACAAGCUCUACCUCAGACGAGAUAAUGUGGACCGAGCAUCAGAUGAGCGGGUGUAUGAAGAUGAAAUCUUGGCAGAGGUUGUAGAAUUGGAGGCAGAAAUUGAGGAGGACUAUCAGAGAAAAAUGGUGGAGUAUAAAAAACAGAUAGAGGAGUGGAAGCAAUGGAGAAGGAAACAGAAAACCAUAAGGAAAAAGCGAAAAAAGAAAAAGGAUGACACAGAAGAAGAAGAUGCAGACCAGGAGUUGAGUGAAUCAGAAGGGCCAAUAGAGGAAAGUCCCCCAAAGCCAGAGGCUCCUGAGAAGCCAGACUUCGACUCUAUAGAGCAGCAAGUCAGAGAGAAAGCCUCCAGGAUACGCAGGAAACCAGGAGAGUCCAUCCUGAUCCCUGAGCUGUCUGCGUCAGGAAACAUCACUGCCAGCGAACUCUGCCCCAGGGUUGAAAUAGCUCGAAGAGAGGAUGUGGCUAAGCGCUCGCUGUUCAUCAAAAUCCUAUACAAUAGCAAGGAGGUCUCUCGGACUGACAGCCGCUCCCUGAACGCUGAUUUUAGAGUGCACUUUGGUCAGAUUUUUAAUCUCAAAAUAGUUAACUGUCCACAGAGCAUCAAUUUGCAGGUAUUUGAGGAGAUUGGAUCAUUAUGUUCCCUCUUGGCUCAAGUGUAUGUUCCUGUGCCAGAACCCUCAGUCUUGACGGGCAAUGUCCCCAUUGAGGAAUUUGAGUUUAGCAGUAACCAGAGAGUGAUGUUCGACCACGAGGGAGUUGGAAGUGAUGUCCCCCUCUCCUUCGAAGCUGAUGGCAGUAACAAACAAGUCCUGUUGACCUCUGGCAAGCUGUCAUGCUGUGUGUCCUGGGGGAUUGGAGAAGAUGAUACACCACUUGCACCUCCUGUGUCUCAACAACCUGCUGGCAUACAAAGUGGCUUGAGCCGACUUGAUGCAGUCACAUCUAUCGGGGCAUCUGGACUGUAUGACAUGAAGAAAAUCGGGGAGUGGGCCACACAGUCACGUCUGGAUCCCAAUGAUCCAAAGAAUACCUCUAUCAUGCAACUUCUAAAGGUGGCAAGCAGCGGUGAAGUCACAGCUCCAGACUACUUCCGUCUGGAACAACUGCAGGAGGAGUUUAGCUUUGUGACUGAUGAAGAGCUGGAUAAGUCGAGAAGAUUUCGCCUGCUCAGGCUAAGGAACCAGGAAGUUGCGGAGUUUCGAAAUUACAAAUGCAUCCCUGCUCUGGAGAGGGAGGUCACUGAUAAGAUGUUUCAGGAGUAUGAGAAAAGACUAAAGGAAGGAGACAGUAUUGACACCAAAGAACAUCUGGAUUCACACAGGGCUUUGGUGGCCAAAUAUCUUUCAAAGAUUCGAGAGUCAGUCAUGAACAGAUUUAUUCUUGCCAAGCAUCACUACAUCCUGUCUGACUUGGUGAUAGAAGAGGAGAUCCCGAGUAUUGGAAUUCUUGGAAUAAACCUCUUCAAGUUGGCUGAACCUAAACGGCCCCUUAAACCUCAGAGGAAAGAAAGAAAGAAGGUAACUGCUCAAAAUCUGUCUGAUGGAGACAUCAAGCUGUUGAUCAACAUCAUUCGGGCCUACAACAUUCCCAUUCGCAGACCUCAGAGCAAUAAACCAGGACAGUCAUCUCAAAGUGCCAUCCAGGGCAGUGACUGGCUCUUUAACCAUGUACAAGUGAGGCCUUUUGUGGAGGUGUCCUUCCAACGCACUGUGCUGCAAACAACUACUGCGGAUGGACCGAACCCAUGUUGGAAUGAAGAGGUGCAGCUGCCCUUUAGUGCUCCAAAUGGUGAUUAUAGCACAGCUAGCUUGCAGGCCGUAAAAGACGACGUCUUCAUCAACUUGUUUGAUGAGGUGGUUUAUGAAACUGGAGUGAAUGACAAAGACCGAGGGAAACUGAUACACACGCAAGUAGAGAAGCACUGGCUGGGCUCCGUCAAGAUUCCUUUCAGCACUAUUUAUUCUCAGUCCAGAAUUGAUGGUACCUUCAAGGUGAACACACCACCAGUUCUGCUGGGGUACAGCAAUGAACAGACCUAUGGCCCUAAUGGGGAUUAUGAUAUAUUGCGGAGCCUGAGUGACGGGGCAUUUAUCACACUGUUCAUCACUAUUGAGCCACAGCUGGUUCCUGGAGAAUCUAUUAGAGAAAAGUUUGACAGCCAAGAAGAUGAGCGUUUACUGCAGGCUUCAGAGAGGUUUGAAAGAGAGGCAGCACGGGGUUAUCCAGACAGACCCUGUGUCACCACCGUCAUAGACCUUAAUGGGAAGACGGUCUUCAUUACACGGUAUAUCCGACCGCUCAACCCUCCACAGGAGCUGCUGGACGCCUUCCCCAACAGUCCCCAGGAAGCCACGGCCCUUGUAGCCCGGUUUGUCUCGCUCAUCCCUUCUCUGCCGGACAGGGUUUCGUUUUCUAGUAACUGUGACCUGUGGAGCACCUGUGAUCAAUUCCUCACGCUCCUAGCAGGGGAUGAAGAGGAACAUGCUGUACUGCUGUGUAACUACUUUCUGUCUAUGGGCAAAAAAGCCUGGCUUGUAAUUGGCACUGCUAUACCAGAGGGACCCACAGCGUACGUCCUGACCUACGAGCAGAGCCGCUACUUGAUCUGGAAUCCUAGCAAUGGUCAGUACUACGGCCAGUACGACACCUUCUGUCCAUUGCAAACAGUCGGAUGCCUGAUCAAUGCCGACAAUGUUUGGUUUAAUAUUCAGGAAUAUGCCUUACCAAUGCGGCUGUCUUUUGACAUCACAAAAGCCAAUCUGUGGAAGCCCUUCUUCAGCCGCUCAUUUUCCCACCCCGGCCUCUCUAGUGUACAGCUAGAAAAGCUGAUAUAUCGACGUGUCGACAAAGCAGCUGCAGUUCAGCUUCAGGACAGAAUUGAGAAAAUCCUGAAGGAGAAGAUCAUGGAAUGGCGCCCUCGUCAGCCAACCCGCUGGAACCGCUACUGCACCAGCACCCUGAAACAAUUCCUGCCCAAAUUGGAGAUGAGUGGGGGGCGGGAUGUGGCGGAGGGACACCGCCAUGAGCUGCAAAGCCUGCUGGGAGACAACAGGAUUUCAGGGUUCCCUAUCCACCUGCCAUUCUCAGAGAUCCGGCCCAUCGUAGAGGCAGUGUACAGCACCGGAGUUCACAACGUUCAGGCAUCAAAUGUAGAGUUUGCCCUGGCUGUGUAUGUGCACCCCUACCCUAAUAAUGUCCUGUCUGUGUGGGUGUACCUGGCCUCUCUUGUUCGCACAUGACACAAGACGACUGCCUCGCUGUUUAUCACUCAGGGUCCUUGGUUUUGGUAAGAAAUUAAGACUUGAAGCUGCUGACGCCAUUACAUUGUACAUAUUGUAGUUUCAUGUAUAUGCAAAAGAAUAUAUUUUGCAAAUCUGUCAUUUUGUAAAUGUACAUAAGCAACUAAUAAUAUUGUCCACUGCCCCUUUAUAUGACUGAAAUGUUUCACAUUUUGGAUGCUCUUCAGGGUUUGCUUAUGAGACCGGAACUGACUGAGCAUUGGUCACAGUUUUUGAGCACUGGAGAAAAUUUUUGAUACACGAUCAGAGAUCUGUCUGUCUGUGUUUGUCAGUAGGAGCAACACAAUGGGGGGAGGCUGUAUUCACUUAACUCCUGUUUAAUUUUCCACACUUUACUCUCCAAUAAAUAGUAAAGAUGUUUAAGUCAAAACUGUUUGAUUCCUAGGACAGCAAAGGAAGAAAUAAUUUGUUAAAAAAAUGUACUGCCUAUGAUAAUAAAUACUUUGAAUUCUGA